UUAACGUAAGUAUACAGGUGACCUUAGCCAUUGGACAAACCCUGAAAUCCCACGUAGGGUUACUUCUCAGGAAUGCUCUGACGUUAAUAUUUUUUAAUUAGAACAAAAGAUAAAAAAAUAUUUUUUUCGAACAAAAGUUAUUUGCAAUAAUCGACAACAAAAAGAAACACACUGUGUUAAUCUUUGGCAGUGUUUUUGACAAUUUGUUCGAAAUAUUUGAUAAUGAUGACAUUUUUCAAAAGUCAGAAGUUUAUUAGUGUCACAAAUAAAAAAGAUAAUCAAAACGGUCGAAGAAGGUUCCAUACUAUUCUUUUAAGAUAUUACCUUAGGAGCUACUAACACAUACAGGCUGCUCCAAAGUAAAAAAUGGUAAUUUGUUAAUUUCUUCGAAACCGCUACACCGGUUGUUAUCAUACUUUGUACACUGGUUCUAAAUACCCUAAUGCAUAUGUACAUUUCGGCUUUGUCCAAUGGCUAGGGACACACUGUAGGAUUUUAUCAAUCAUAUCAUUAUCAAAAAUACUAUAAAAAUGCAGUCUAUCUACCUAUUCGUGUCUAUUACACUUUUAAAAAGUUGCAAUUUACAACUGAUCCAAUUCCUUUGUUUAGUAGCUAAGCAGGUAUGGAAUAAGAAAUCCUAUAUAUUUUUUUUAAAUCGUCGAUUGUUCUUGCCGUUGAACUAGUCUUGAGUAAUCGCUUCCAACUAUUUAAUUAUCUUGUAUUAAAAUUAUCGGGCGAUAAGCGAACGAUUCCUCGAUAGACGGUCACUGUGAUUUGUGUUGUGGGCGCCGCCGGCCUUGCCAUAAUAAACAUACAAUUGGCGAACAUUAAACAUGAGGCUGAUACCGUGCAUGAAGGCGCAGGACGAAGAUGAGGACCACUCGCGAUACAUCGACCGAGAGAUCAAGAACUGGAUCAAGAACUAUAAUGACGCUAUCAAACUGCUACUUCUUGGAACUGGUGAGAGCGGCAAAACCACCAUCAUCAAGCAGAUGAAGAUUCUGCACAUACAGGGAUUUAGCCAGAGCGAACGUGAAGAGAAGGCCAACCACAUACGUCACAACAUCCACGAGUCGAUCUAUGACAUCGUACGCCACAUGGAGCCUUUGGGCAUCACACUGGGGAAUGCUAAGAAUGUUCAAGCACAGAACUACAUACUGCGGUGCGGCGCUGACGGUCCACCACACUAUGACGAGGAGUAUUUCGACUACGUCCGAGCUUUGUGGCGAGAUGGCGGCGUUCGCGAGUGCUUCAAAAGGUCCAAUGAGUACCAGCUGAUAGACAGUGCCGAAUAUUUCUUGGACAGGAUAGAUCUGAUAGAGAAGUCAGAUUACUCGCCAUCCGACGCCGAUAUACUGCGGUGUCGUCAGAAAACUACUGGUAUACAGAAGAUUGAAUUUAAAGUCAAGGUGCCUAAAUCGAUGCACGGCGGCAUACAGGAAUUUUGGAUGUUUGAUGUCGGUGGGCAGAGAGGUGAAAGGAAAAAAUGGAUUCAGGUAUUCGAAGGUAUCCACGCCAUCUGGUUUCUCGUAGCGUGUAGUGAUUUUGACCAGACACUGAGGGAGGACUGCGCCACCAACCGGCUGAAGGAGGCGCUGACGCUCUUCGAAGACGUCUGGCAGAGCAGAUUUCUACUAGAAGCGGGUCUGAUAGUGUUCCUUAACAAGCAAGAUUUGCUUCAACGCAAGGUGGAGCGCGGGGGGAGCAUCGCCCCCCACUUCCCCAAGUACAACAAUUAUGGCGGACAUGGCUGCGAAUACGAACGAACGAGAGACUUCAUUCGGCAGAUGUUUGUUGACGUAACGCAGAAGCAACGUCGGCGUGCCGCCGCGCCGUCCGCCGAGCGGUUCGUCGUGGGCGCGGCGUACCGCCCGCGCGAGUGCUACUUCCACUUCACCACUGCCACGGAUACGGACAAUGUGCGCACCGUGUUCCGAGACACGCAUCAGAUCAUACUCACGCAUGCGCUGUCCAAUAUCGGCGUCUACUGACCAUAAUGGACUAUCUUAUAUAGAAAGAAAUAAAAGAAACAGAAACUUAAAUUUAUGCUGUAUAAAUUAAUUGCAUUAUCCCGUUUAAUUAUCCAUGAUUUAAAGAAAUAUUUAUAUUUGUGGCAAAAUUCAUCAAAUAAAACCGCGUAAAAUAGUAAAAA